AUGGAGGGUUGUCUAGUGGUAGAACCUAUUGGGAAAAAAGGAGGUUUAGCAUUGUUUUGGGGUAGAGGUAUUGACCUGGAAAUAAUACACUACUCUCAAUGGCAUAUAAGUAGUAUUAUUAGGGGAGAGGGAGGUAAAAAUAAGUGGAUCUUCACGGGAUUCUAUGGACAUCCUGAUGCUUCGAAAAGGAAUUUGUCAUGGGAGUUAUUAGCUUCAUUGAGUCCAAAAACAGAUGAGGCUUGGUGUAUUGGAGGGGACUUCAAUGAGUUACUAAGGCAAGAAGAGAAAAAGGGUGGUAAACUGAGAGAUGAGAGAGGAAUGAGUAUGUUCAGAGAGGUUUUAUCUGAAAAUAACCUUUCUGACCUAGGGUAUGUAGGAUGCCCUUUCACAUGGAGUAAUAAGCAUGGGGACCAGACCUUUACUAAGGAAAGAUUGGAUAGAUUUGUUGCCAAUCAUAAAUGGAGGGACAUGUUUAGAAGGGUGAAGGUGAAAAGUUUGGUUGCUGUGUGUUCAGAUCAUAGACCUAUUGUUCUGGAGGUUAGGGAAACACCUUUUAUGGUUGGUAGGAGGGAAAGAAGUUUCUUCUUUGAAGCUUCUUGGAUAAAAGAUGAGGAGUGUGAAGAGGUGUUAAAGGAGUGGGCUAGAGAUAAGGAAAAAAAUCGAGGGAAGGAGUUGGGGAAAUUGGCUGAGGAAAUAAAGCUACUACAAGACAAUGAGGGGCCAGAGAAUGUUGAGAGGAUCAAGGGGCUCCAGAAACAGAUGGGAAGGAAAAGGAAUCAGAUUAAUCAGGUUGAGGAUUCGAAUGGUAGGCUAUGGGAAGAACAUGAGGAUAUUGAAAGGGCUUUCUACAAUCAUUAUCAACAAGUAUAUCAAUCAAAUUCCCCUUCGAGAGAGACCAUUGAUUCAUGUUUGAGUGCAAUGGAAAGUAGCAUCACAACAGAAAUGAAUGAGGGUCUACAAAGAGCAUUUACCAAAGAAGAAGUGGAAGCAACCAUGCAGCAGAUUGGUUCUCUGAAAUCCCCUGGUCCAGAUGGAUUUGGGGCAGCUUUUUAUCAAAAUUACUGGAAGGUUGUAGGGGAGGAGGUCAUAGAGGCUGUGCUUAGUUUUCUAAAAGGGGAUGGGAAUCAGCUUUCUAUGAAUCACACUCAUGUGGUUUUGAUUCCAAAGACCAAGGAGCCUUUAAAUAGUGCCUUUAUACCCGGGAGGUUGAUCACAGACAAUAUAAUUGUAGCUUAUGAGAUACUCCACUCCAUGAAGCUAAAGAAGAAGGGGAAGAAGGGGAGUAUGGCCUUGAAACUCGAUAUCUCAAAAGCAUAUGAUAGAGUUGAAUGGGGUUUCUUAAGGGCUGUCAUGGUGAAAAUGGGUUUUGGUGAAAAAUGGGUAGCCCUUAUCAUGAAUUGUGUGCAAUCUGUUUCAUAUGCUAUUGUGGUGAAUGGGAAACCUGGUAAUACUUUUGUUCCAACUCGAGGGUUAAGGCAGGGAGACCCUCUAUCUCCCUACCUUUUCCUUUUGUGUGUUGAGGGAUUGAGUACCCUUAUUAAUCAUGCUGAAAGCAAGGGGGAGUUAAAAGGAGUCUCUGUUGCAAGAGGUGGGACAAGGGUAACACAUCUGCUUUUUGCAGAUGAUUGUGUGGUGUUUGGGCAAGCAUCUUGGCAGGAAUGGAUGAAGAUGAAGGAGUUGCUUGAUAUCUAUGAGAAGGCUUCUGGACAAUGCUUAAAUAGGCAGAAAACUUCCUUAUUCUUCAGCACCAAUACUAAGAAUGAUAUAAGGAGAAUGAUUAGGAGGGAUGUAGGAGUAGGGAUUCAAAACUGCUGCGAGAAAUACUUGGGUUUACCUGUGAUGGUGGGGAAAUCCCAAUACAAUACUUUUAGAGGUAUAAAGGACAGAGUUUGGAGCAAAAUCAGCAACUGGAAAAACCAUUUCCUUUCACCUUCUGGGAAGGAAGUUUUGUUAAAAGCUGUGGUGCAAUCAGUUCCUACUUAUCACAUGAAUGUGUUUAAACUACCUGUGAAAUUGUGUAAAGAAAUAGCUGGAUUAAUGGCUAGUUUCUGGUGGGGUUCUCAGAAUAAUGAGAGAAGGAUUCAAUGGAAGAGUUGGGCAAAUAUGGGGAAGGCAAAAUCAGAAGGGGGAAUGGGGUUUAGAGAGCUUCAAAGCUUCAAUACUGCACUUCUUGCUAAACAAUGCUGGAGAGUGUUGAAUAUGCCUUUUUCAGUUGCUGCUAGGGUGCUAAAGGAUAAGUACUUCAAGAAUACUGACCUGUUGAAAGCGAAAUUAGGUUAUGGGCCUUCAAAAAUAUGGAGGAGUCUGUGGGGUUCCUUGGGGUUACUAAAGGAAGGGUUGGUUUGGAGGGUGGGAAAUGGAGAGCAGGUGAACAUUUGGGAGGAUAAGUGGGUUCCUAGACCUACCUUGUUUUCUAUUCAAUCUCCUCGAAUUAAUGUGUCUCCAGAGGCAAAAGUAAAGCAGCUCUUACUGAAUGGAAGAUGGAACUCUAGGCUUGUUUAUGACACUUUUUUACAAGAGGAAGCUGAUAUUAUCUGUGGUAUACCUGUCAGCCUUGCUAAUGCACCAGACAAAAGGAUAUGGGCUUUUACAAAGGAUGGGUUAUAUAGUGUAAAAAGUGGGUAUCAUUUGGAGAGGUCCAGAAGAGGUAGAGAGAAAGGGUGCUCCUCUGAAGAUAAAGUAGGGAAAGAGGUUUGGAAUAGAAUUUGGAAGCUUAAUACUCCUGAAGUAGUGAAAAUGUUCAUAUGGAGAGCUGUGGUGAAUAGCCUACCUACCAAAAUGAACCUGAAAUGUCGAAAAGUAAUUGAAAACCCCUUAUGUCCUGUCUGUGGAAGGGAAAAUGAGUCCAUAUGCCAUGUUUUGUGGAGUUGCAGUGCAUCAGCUGAUGUGUGGGCAGACAAAGAGAGCCCAGUUCAGAAAUGGCAGGGUAGGGAGGAGGAUUUUAUGGACCUAUGGAUGAAGCUGACAGAAAAACUACACAGACAAGAUCUAGACUUAGUGGCAACUGUGAUGAGGAAUAUGUGGUGGAGAAGAAAUGCAUUUAUUUUUGAAAAUACUUUUAAGGGGCCAUAUGAGCUAUUUCUACAAGCUCAAGAAACCUUAAAAGGAUUUGUAGAGGCUAAUGCAGAGGGGGAGGGAAUUAUAAGAAGAGGGGAAGUGCAGAAAAUAGAAGUAAAGUGGAAGAGACCCGAGAAUGGAUUUGUGAAGGUGAAUUGGGAUGGUAGUUUAGAUGCUGAGAAGAAAAGAAAGGGGGUAGGGAUUGUUGUGAGGGAUGGAAAUGGGGAGGUUUUGAUAUCUCUGUGUGGUUCUGAUGUUGGUUUUUGUAGUCCAGCUGUUGCAGAGUUACAAGCCCUAUGGAGAGCUUUAAAGCUGUGUGCUGAACUGCAGUGGAACAAAGUCAUCUUCGAAGGUGAUGCUAUGGGGAUCAUUGAUGCUGUAAAUAGACAGAAUUGCUGUUGGGAGUGGCAUGGACAAGUUGUUGAAGACAUUAAGUUGAUUUUACAAAACAGGCCAAAUUGGUCCAUACGUUAUACAAACAGAAAGUGUAAUAGAGUAGCUCACAUGUUAGCAAAAAUGGGUCUGGAUGUAACUGAUGAAACUGUAUGGAUGGAAGGGGGACCUACGGGCAUCUACCCUUUUGUUUUACAGGAUAUAAGUUGUAAUGUUUCUGUUAUGAGGUAA